AAGAUGCCGGGUGCAAGAAAAUGAGCAGCAUGAUCCCGGUUGUAACAAGUCGAAGAACCAAGAGGUACCUCCAAUCCAUUAUGAGGGAAAAUGAAGGCCGUUGCACUCACUAUGGUUGGGCAUUAUGCUUCAUCUCCGUCUAAAUAAAGGAUCUGUACCAGGACUAGUUCAAAACAUAUUUACGAGACAAGAACUUUCAAUAACUUUGACUGGAAAGAAAGCAGAGAAAACUGAUAUUUCGAUAACUUUGACAAGAAGUUUCAAUAACUUUUAACAGCGAUUUAUACUGUAUAAGACAGACAAGUAGCAGAGAAAAAUCUAUUCAAAGACCAAUCGCGUUGACUGGAAAAUGCUGUUCUGAUGGCAGCGCAAGGACUUUGCCUGUGACCAUUUUUCUCCAUCAACUAUUUAGGCAAGACAGUGUGCACAAGUUAGAGAAACUGCAAAAGUUUGAUAUGAUCACACUAGUUUUCAGUCUACUAACGAAGUUGGACAGGAACUUCUCACAGGAUUUUCAUACGCGUCAUUGCCCUCAAAAUCUACCAAACUGGGGGCAAUAAGUAGGAAGAGAAGUUGUUUGAAAUGUACUACAAAUAUCACACUCCUGGUGCGAAAAUGUUUCAAUAGGAAUUAAUAGGAACUGUAGCACAACUGUGACCUCAAAAUGGCAUAAUCCAAGUCAACCUGAUAUAGUCCAUGUUUAUACUACAUGUAAUUUCACACACCCAAUGUGGACAUGUAUUGAGUAACUAACAAACUGGUACUCCAUCAAGGAAACUCCAACCGUAGGUCCAGAAGUUUAUAAACGGCACGUUUGUAGGUUUCAGCUCUGAACACAAAGCUAGACUUGUAUGCACCAAGAACAAUCAGCCAAAGGCUUCUAUAAUCCAGCAAUAGACCUCUAUAAAAGGCAAUUUACCGCUCUUCCAGAAUCAAAUCAGCCCAAUAUCCAUGGUUGCUCACAUUGCAUAUCAACCAGAUGGCUUGUGCAUUAGUGUUAGCCAUCCUUGUCUCAUCGGUUUUGCAUCCUUUGUCUAUGACAACAUUAGCUGAUGAAUCCGACAACAACCAAGACGCUCUGCUCUGCCUCAAGUCUCGCCUCUCCACCACCACAUGGAACACCACCUCGCCUGAUUUCUGCACUUGGCGCGGCAUCUCGUGCACAGGGCAGCCACAACUACCCCUGGUGGUGGCCUUGGACAUGGAGGCACAAGGCCUCACCGGCGAAAUCCCGCUCUGCAUGUUCAACCUCACAUCGUUGGUUAGAAUCCACUUGCCGAACAACCAGCUCUCUGGCCAUCUCCCACCAGAGAUUGGCCGGCUCUCUGGACUCCGGUACCUCAACCUCAGCUCCAACGCGCUCACCGGCGAGAUCCCGGAAUCGCUGUCCUUAUGCUCUAGCCUUGAUGUCUUGGCGCUGAGCAGCAACUCUGUUGGAGGUGCGAUCCCACCUCCACUCGGUACGCUUCGCAACCUAUCCUCUCUAGACUUGUCCAGCAAUAAACUUUCUGGUGAGAUUCCACCUCUACUCGGGAGCUCACCGGCUCUGGAGUCUGUCAGUCUCGCCAACAACUUUCUCGAGGGAGAAAUCCCGCUGUUUUUGGCAAAUUGUUCCUCCCUUCGCUACCUUUCUUUACAAAACAACAGUCUUUCUGGGGCCAUACCGGCAGCUCUUUUCAACAGCUCAACCAUCACAGAGAUACAUGUUUCAAUGAACAAUCUUUCUGGACAAAUUCCAUCUUUCACAAACUUCCCUUCAAAGCUCAACUACCUCGAUUUAACAGGGAAUAGCCUAACUGGAAUUGUGCCGCCCUCAGUAGGAAAUCUCACACGGCUUACAGGUCUGUUAAUUGCGCAAAACCAGUUGCAGGGAAACAUCCCAGAUUUAUCCAAGCUAUCAGGCCUGCAAUUUCUUGACCUCUCAUACAACAAUCUAUCAGGGAUAGUGCCACCAUCCAUUUACAGUUUACCUUUGCUAAGCUUUCUUGGGUUGGCCAACAAUAAUCUUCGAGGAACACUUCCUUCUGAUAUGGGGAACACUCUUUCUAACAUAAAUUCAUUGAUCAUGUCUAACAAUCAUUUUGAGGGUGAGAUUCCGGCAUCGCUAGCCAAUGCCUCCAGCAUGGAGUUCCUGUAUCUCGGCAACAAUUCGCUGAGCGGGGUGGUCCCUUCCUUCGGCUCCAUGACGAAUUUGCAGGUCCUAAUGUUGUACUCAAACCAGCUAGAAGCUGGAGACUGGACAUUCUUCUCGUCCUUGGCAAACUGUACACAGCUGCUAAAGGUGAACUUGGGCGGAAACAAACUACGUGGCAAUUUGCCGCCUGGUUCUGUAGCAACCCUGCCCAAAAGUAUGGUUAACUUGAUUCUACGGUCAAACUACAUAUCUGGAACUAUUCCCUUGGAGAUUGGGAACCUGUCUAAAACUUCCCUACUUUAUCUUGAUAACAAUAUUUUCACAGGGCCUAUACCUUCUAUUCUUGGCCAGCUAAGCAAACUGGUUGUUCUUAGCCUAUCACGGAACAAGUUCUCCGGAGAAAUUCCACCUUCCAUUGGUAACUUGAAUCAGUUGACGGAACUUUAUUUACAAGAAAAUGAAUUAAGUGGAAGCAUACCUACAAGUUUAUCCGGCUGCCAGAAAUUGGUGGCACUAAACCUUUCCAGCAAUGGCCUCAACGGAAGUAUCAAUGGGCGCGUGUUUAGCAAGUUGAAUCAACUAAGUUGGUUACUUGACCUAUCACAUAACCAAUUCACAGACUCCAUACCUCUAGAAAUUGGUAGCUUGAUAAACCUUGGCUCCUUGAACCUUUCGCACAACAAACUCAGAGGCAAAAUCCCAUCCGCACUUGGUGCAUGUAUCCGGUUGGAAGCACUGAACUUAGACAGGAACCUCCUAGAAGGAAGCAUUCCAGAAUCAUUGGCAAGCCUCAAGGGUGUCAGAGCAUUAGAUUUCUCCCAAAACAAUUUAUCUGGUACAAUACCAGAAUUCCUUGAGACGUUUACUUCGCUGCAGUACCUAAAUAUGUCCUUCAAUAACUUUGAGGGGCCAGUUCCGAUAGGUGGAGCCUUUGCUAACACAAGUAGUGUUUCUGUCCAAGGAAAUGCACUUCUUUGUUCAAAUGUUCAAGUCAACGAUUUGCCCAGGUGCUCCACCUCGGCAUCUCAGAGAAAGCGCAAGUUCAUUGUUCCAUUGUUGGCAGCUCUGUCAGCUGUUGUUGCAUUGGCCUUGAUCUUAGGGCUGGUUUCCCUGGUUUUCCAUAUUUUGAGAAAGAAGAGGCAGAGAUCAAGUCAGUCCAUUGACCACACAUACACAGAGUUUAAAAGGCUAACAUACAAUGAUGUAAGCAAAGCAACAAAUGGCUUUUCUCCAACCAAUAUAGUUGGUUCUGGGCAAUUCGGGAUAGUGUAUAAAGGUCAGUUGGAAGGAAAAGACAACUUGGUGGCUGUUAAAGUGUUCAAACUUAAUCAGUAUGGUGCAUUGGAUAGCUUUAUUGCUGAGUGCAAAGCUUUCCGGCACAUUCGACACCGAAAUCUCGUGAGUGUCAUAACUGCAUGCUCAACUUACGAUCUGAUGGGGAAUGAGUUCAAAGCUCUGGUAUUUGAAUAUAUGGCAAAUGGUAGCCUUGAAAAUCGACUUCAUGCUAAGAUCCAGAAGAAUGCUGAUUUGAGUUUGGUGACGGUGAUAUGCAUAGCAGUUGACAUUGCGUCUGCUCUGGAAUACCUUCAUAACCAAUGCAUCCCACCAGUGGUUCACUGUGAUUUGAAGCCAAGCAAUAUACUCUUUGAUGACGAAUAUACUGCGUAUGUCUGUGAUUUUGGGCUAGCAAGGUUAAUUCAUGGUUAUUCAUCUGAAGCUCAGAGCAACUCAACAAGCAUAACUGGACCAGGGGGAACUAUUGGAUAUAUUGCUCCUGAGUAUGGCAUGGGCAGUCAAAUCUCAACCGAGGGCGAUGUCUACAGUUAUGGCAUCAUACUUUUAGAAAUGCUGACGGGGAAAAGACCUACUGAUGAAGCCUUCAGUAAUGGCCUUACACUCCAGAAGUAUGUGGAUGCAUCACUUUCAGAGAUUGAACAUAUUCUUCAACCCAGCCUUAUGCCAAAAACUGGAGAUCCGCCUGGUGUUACCCCAAAAAUAGAAGAAUACAAGCCAACUACAGUGAUGCAUAUCUGCGCUCUGCAACUUCUUAAACUUGGGAUGUUAUGCUCCGUCGAGUCACCAAAAGAUCGCCCAAGCAUGCAUGAAAUUUAUGGCGAAGUAAUGGCUGUAAAAGAAGCAUUUUUCUCAAUGAACGGUUGAGAGCUACAGUACAAGCCUAGAACAGUUUUGAUGUACUGUAUACAGAUUUAUGUCGCAGCUAUUUCCGUUUAUUUGGGUCUUCUUCAUUGUAAAAGCUAGGUAGCUAAUUUCUGAAUCUUCUAGUGUACUCCCUCCCUCUGUUCACUUUUAUAAGACGUUUUAGAUGGUUCAGACAACUCCCAAAACAGUUCAAAAUCAGCUGUCUAAAACGUCUUAUAAAAAGAAUCGAAGGUAGUAAAUUUCACUAUGCAUUGAUGUUAAAGGCCCUGAGCUAUUAUGUAAAAGCGAACUUCUCUUCGGAUAAAAAGCUGAUAGCUAUGUUUUCCUAUU